AUGGGAUGUUGUUCUUCAAGAGCUAUGAACAAACUCGAAAUAAGCAAAAUGAUCCACUCUUAUAUUAUAGAGACGAGGCUUGAUGCCCACAAUUGCAGCUCUAUCAAGCGUCUUGACGUUCAAAUUCUUGAAGAAACUAUCGAUGCUCAAACAUAUGAAUCUCUCGCAAAAGGGUGGGAUAUAAAAGCUCCUUUUGAACUUUUCAGCAAAGGUAACAAGAUUUUUAAGAAGGAUUUAAAGAUUGCUUUUCUUUUAUUCAGCAGGGAUUCUUUUGAAAAGAAAGCCCAGCUCUUCAAGGAACUUACAAAAUCAGAUAAAAGAGAAAUUAUGCCAAAUUUGCUAAAUAAAAUUCAUUAAAAAAUAGCUUAAAAAUGCCUGAAAUCAAGAAAAGCAGGAUAUACAUUUAUUGGAAAUAAGAAACGAAUUGCUAUAUAUGAGGAUCCCAACGCAGCUUGCAAAGCAGAGCAAAAUAAGCGACGAAGAUAAGAAUGAAUAUGUUGAAAGCAAGCGACUUGUGAGUGGAAAAGAGGCAAGCCAUGCGCUGCAGUCUUGUCUUCACAGCUCUGAAGAAGAGUCAAAAAGACUAGAUUUUAUAUCAAUUUAA